AUGGAUCUUGGCACAAUGACCAAGAAACUCAAAUCCUUGACGUACAAAUCCAAGACGGAUUUUGUCACAGAUCUCAACCUCAUUUGGGACAAUUGUUUAAAGUACAACCAGGACAUGAACCAUCCUCUCCGUAGAAUGGCGAACGGCAUGCGGAAAGAAGCCGAAAAAUUGAUUCCUUUGAUCCCCGAUCUAGCCAUUCGCUCUCGGGCUGAAGUGGAGGCCGAAGAGAGACGCAAACAGAAUGGAGGCGAAGAUGAUGGUGGUGAUGAUUCCGACGACGAGCCGAUAAUGUCGUCUCGUGGUAGAAAAGCCACUACCAAAGGUGUCAAGUCGCGUACCGCUCCUAGCGACCAGAAGGAGGACACGCCGGUGGUCGACCAAAAACCGGUUUUGCAGCUCAACGGGCUGCUUGGAAAAGCUGGGAGGGAAGGUUCUGAGGUUGAUGGAAGCGGGUUUUCAACUCCACCAGUAGCUGGCUCCAUCACUCCUUCAGGCGCAUUGAAUGGGCAUUCGGGCAUUGCGAGCAACGCUGACGCCAUGGACAUUGAUGGACCAAGUCUUAGUAGCAUGGCACUCAACCAAGCAUUUGGCGAAGCAGCAGAACAGGCUUACGAAGACGAAGAGUACAAGAUUUGGAAGCAGACUACCAAAAAGGACCGAGCGUUGGCUGCAAAAGAACGGCACCUCCUCUUUAAAGAGAAUAGUCUGAAUACUGACGCCCCAGCCCUCCUGAGAAAUCGAGCUGGUAUGCGAUGGUUCCUGAAGCAUCAAAGAGAAGCAGAAGCCAUGGGCAUUGCCGCACAUCCACAUCUGGGCAGUGCCGCCGGUGCGGGAAAGGAUGCAUCUGCGAACAAGCAGCCAGAGACACUCGCCGAGGGCAUUGACGAGGAAACAGAGCAAGUCAUGCCUGAUUACUACAAUUCCCUAACCAGUAUUCCUGAUAUCAAGCCUAAUCUUCAAUGGGUUGAGGACGGAGAAGGACAUGUCAUCAAUCAGCAUGAAGAAUUCCUGAAGCUCGUUCCGCCAGGGACCUUUACUGCGCCAAAGAGCCGAUUGACGAAGAAGAUGGAUGAUAACAUUCACCAGAUCCAGGAAACCAGAAAGCUUGCGACCAAGAUCUCAGUGAUUAAGCAAAUGCAGGUCCAGUCUCAGGUUUACACAAAUCAAUUUCCCAAGUCGAAUACGGAGAUAUUCUUGGAGCAAGAUAUCGAGCCACACUUUAUAUCCGACGACGGACCUGUAAUGGCAGCGGAAACAUGCCAGAAUGCCCUUAAGCGAUCUGUUGCGAAGAUUCUUUACCACACAGGUUUCGAGGAGCUGCAACCAUCGGCUGUUGACACUUUGACGGGGAUCGCUGCUGAUUAUUUCCAAAAGCUUGUGAAGACGUUCAACAUUUAUCGCGAAUCCGAAAAGACAGCAGUACAAACGCCUGCAGGGCCACAGACACAGCCACGAUUCACGCCCGAAGAAGUUGUUCUACACACGCUGGAGGAAAGCGGCCACGAUGUAGCGUCGCUCGAGUGCUAUGUUAAGGACGACGUUGACCGGUUGAGCUCGAGGCUUGGAACUCUCCACGAACGUAUGAAGCUGCAUCUCACAGAUCUUCUGCGGCCAGCCCUCUCGACGGAUGCUGGAGCCGACGGUGUGGGGGCCUUUAAGGAUGGUAGUGACCAAUUCAUGAGUGGCGACUUCGCCGAUGAUCUUGGCGAGGACUUCUUCGGCUUCAAGGCCCUUGGGUUGGACAAGGAAAUGGGCCUCGACUCAUUCUCCGUUCCAUUUCAUCUCCUUCACAGCAGAGUCAGAAGCCAAUACCAGAUGCAAACACAGACGGCAGGCGAAACAUCAGCCGAUUUGUUCGAGGCAUUGCCGGCUUCCGAGCCUGUCACGAACGACGGCAUUCAGGAAGAAAUCGGUCUCGUCAAGAACUUCUUCCUGGCCAAAUUGCACGCCAAUGGCGAUCAACCUCUUGUUGAGGACGAGGACCUACCUGUUAAACAGCGAAAGCCUCGCCCACGUCUCGGAGCCAGCGGUAAAAUUAUAUCUGCGCAGAAACGUCCACCACGAGAACAGCUCGCACUGGCAAAGAAGAAGAAGAAAAUGGAGCUUGCAGCAGCAGCAGCCGAAGCCAAGGCCAACGCAUCACCAGAAAAGGGCAAUGCAGCAGCAGGAUCGACCAACACAACCCCAGCCAAGAAGAAAUCAAUCACUGUCACCCCCGUACCUCCGCCUAAUCCGGCCCUUCUCGCCCUUGCUGCAAGCAUGGAAAGAACAGAUAGCACACAAAGUCAAGCUGGUACGAGCCAGACCGAAAAAGAUGACAACAUUGCUAUGAUGAGCCCGGAGAGUAUUGCUCAGUAG